CUCACCAGUCACUGAGCACUAGCACAUGGGAAGGAGUGGCAGCCUGCCUCUCUCCUCUCCUCAAAUCUGGCCAAGGUGACACAGCUGAUUUUACCUCCAGCAGCCACGUUGCCUCCUCAGCCGUCCUGCUAUGGUUUGUCUUGUUUUAUUGAUUGGGGGGAGGGUAGGGAAGGGAAGGGGGUUGAGGGAUUAGCUCGGGAGAGGAUGUUCCUAGGUGGGGUCCACAGUAGCCUAAGGUUAUGAGUUGCUCAGGAAAGGUUUGGGGAGGUUUUUGUGGGAUAAGUUAUAGCUCAGACACACCGGUAGAAUUGUCAAACAUUUGCCUGCCAACACUACUUAGCACCUCUGAACAGAGGAGUGUCGGCAGUCGAUCUCUUUUGUGUUUACACAGCCAAGAUUUUGAAGUUGUCAGCCACUCAGCCUUGUUCAAAUAUUCCAAACUAGAAGGUGGCAGUAGCUUUGUUUGGCAAUGCAAGUCUGUGUGUUGCUUAUGUUCUAGAUUAUAAUGUUAGCUAUGGCUGGGAAUUGCCAGGGAUCUCAAGAUACGAUAUUAUUACGAUACUUAGGUGCCGAUACUAUAUGUAUUGCGAUUCGAUGUUCCAAACAUAUUGCUCACCAAAUGUCUGCUGCAGAGGGACAAGAGACAGCCAUGAGAAAAUGUGUUUUGAUCAUAAGUAAUUGAAAUAAGUGCUGAAAACAAAUUGGCUCCCUAUUUAAAAAGAAGAUGGAGAACAAGCUUUGAAGGACAAAUACUGGACUUUUGGUGCAGGUACAGCCAACUAGCGCAAAAAUAAUAUUGCGAUAUUGUUGAUCCGAUAUAUCGUCAAAAAUAAUAUCCCGAUAUUUAACUGUAUCGAUUUUUUCCCCCCCAUCACUAAUGUUAGCUAGCUGUGCUAAUGUUGCUAUUUUGUAGAAAGACCUUAUUGAUACUAGCCAGAUGGCCACAGCUAGAUGACUAUCUAUCAAGAUGACAAAUAAACGAUUUAAUUCACUGCCCAUAAUCCCAUAUUGCCAGCCGAUAGCGAAAUACUUAGCUAGCUAGCGUUAGCAUAUUCGCUAGCUAGCACAACAUAGCUAGCUAGCUAUGGACACUGCACUAACUUGGCAGCUAACAUAGGCAGCCGUUUAAUGGAAACUAACUAAUUCUGAUUUAACAAUGUCAAUACUAGCUACAGUGAUUAGCUAACUUGGGAGAAGUAUUUAGUGUUGUGUGCAUUGCGUCUGUGCACUUAGCUAGCUACCAUCCCAUAGCCUACAUUGCAUAUGAAGUGUGAAUGUCUCAUGACAUUUAACUGUAGAUGUACGGAGAAAAUGCCCUCUUCUUUUCCUUUUUGUUGUCACUUCUGUGGCUCCCCCUCGUGGGGGUUCAUGCUGUCUGAUUGGCUCAAAGGCAAGUUGUUGGCCAAUGACGAGCAUUGCGAUUCUGAAAUCUUAUCAGAAACAUGUUGGGUCGUUUUCACAGCUUUGAUGUCAUCUGGACAUUUUGCACAUCAAAUCUUUCCCGUUUAAUUUUUUAUUUAUUUUUAUUGUAUUUUCUCCCCAGUCCCUAAACUUCGUUGCUUUGCGAAAGAUGACAGAGACCUUUACCGAUGUCAACUAUCUAUUACAUUAUUCUGUUGAGGAAGGGGUUAUUUAGUCUUCUAGGGCAACAUAUAAUGACAGAAGAGAAGCUACAUGUAUCUAUUUGACUAACAAAUAGCCGACCAAAAUGUCGGAAAUUAUAAGCAGAAACAUAUCUAAAUCAGGCAACAACAAAAAAAUCCUGCACUUCCUGUCAACAUUUUUUUCUACAGUCUUUGACUGUAGCCUAUGGCACAUUUUCUAUAUUUGCGGGUUAGGGUUAGAUUUUCACUAUCACAUAUAGUCGGGCGGUUGCAGAUGGGUUAUUAGUAAAUGCGGGCGGGUGAGGGUGAACAAACAGCUGACCCGCGCACCACUAAUAAGUACCUAUCGGCAGUGAGGUUCUCAGUGUGUUUCAUGCUUUAGGCAUGUUAGUGAAUGAAGCACAUUGUGGUCUUUUCUUGUAGGUAUUGGUUGGUGUGUGCAUGAAGUUCAGUUUAGGCAUGGUAGUCAAUAUAGGGAUUUCUAUUUCAGACAGAGGCUAGUAUGUUUCUGUGGCCAUUUCCAUUUUAGACAUAAGCUAGUCACGUCAUGGUGAUGUUAUCUGGAUUUCUGUUGGUGGCAUGGUCAGUAGGCUUGGGCGGUAUACCCUAUAUACCGUAUAAAGGGGUAAUUUGAAAUACCGCUGAAAUGAUUUUCAAUACCAUAAAAAAGUAAUCACACCCCUUGACUUUUUCCAAAUGUUGUUGUUUUACAUUACAUUUUAGUCAUUUAGCAGACGCUCUUAUCCCGAGCGACUUACAGUUAGUGAAUACAUAUAUAUAUAUAUUUUUUAUAUAUACUGGCCCCCUUGUUGUGUUACAAAGUGGGAAUAAAAUAGAUUUCUUUGUCAUUUUUUGUCAACGAUCUACAUAAAAUACUAUAUAAAAGUGGAAGAGAAUUUUUAUUUUUAUUAAAAUAAAAUAAAACACUAAUAUCUUGAUUAGAUAAGUAUUCAACUCUGAAUCAAUACAUGUUAGAAUCCCCUUGGCAGCGAUUAUAGCUGUGAGUCUUUCUGGGUAAGUCUUUGCACACCUGGAUUGCCCAUUAUUCUUAAAAAAAUUAUUCACGCUCUGUCAAGUUGGUUGUUGAUCAUUGCUAGACAAACAAACUCUGUAACUGUUUUAAAAUCCCCAUUGGCCUCAUGGUGAAAUCCCUGAGCAGUUUACUUCCUCUCAGUCAACUGAGUUAGGAAGGGCGCCUGUAUCUUUGUAGUGACUGGGUGUAUUGAUACACCAUCCAAAGUGUAAUUAAUAACUUCACCAUGCUCAAAGGGAUAUUUCCCCCCAAAAUCAUCUACCAAUAGGUACCCUUCUUUGCGAACCAUUGGAAAACCUCCCUGGUCUUGAAUCUGUGCUUGAAAUUCACUGCUCAAUUGAGGGACCUUACAGAUAAUUGUAUGUGUGGGGUACAGAGAUGGGGUAGUCGUUUAAGCUUCUUGGUUACAGCAGAGACCAUCAAUCCCCUCCUGGAUCGCGAUCCCUGUUGUCUAAAUUUGUUUUGUGGGUCAAAUCAUAAAAAAAAAAAAAUGUAUUUUCCUACAGAUAAAAUUACAUUUGGAAAUAAAUAACGCCCCUUGUGUCUGUAAUACCAUAUACCUCGGUAUGGUACAGGGGCGGUAUGAAGGUAUGUCAAUCUGGAUAUCGCCCAACCCUUGUAUUUGUAUGAAAAGGGUGGUAUGCACACAUCCAUAAAAUGUAGGAUAAUGUAGGGCAUUUUCAUGUAAAAAGCCCCAUGAGCACUAGCAUGUGAAGUUCAUAGGAGCACAUCAAAUUUGGUUUCAAAUGAAAGCUGAGUCUAUAUUUUUGAUAAAUUAAGGCAUAUAUAAACUGUUCAAUCAUUUUCCAUAGGAAUAAGCUAAGCCUUUGGUUUCUGGUCAAAGAGAUGGUAAAGGGGUCUUAGAAAACAUCUAGCAGAAAAAGUCUUAAAAGGUAUUAGAAAUUCAUUAAACACAAUAAUGUUGAAGUAAAUACCCCUAUUUAGUUUUGCAGAAAUUAAAAUAAAAUCCAAUUUUAUUGGUCACAUACACAUAUUUAGCAGAUGUUAUUGCGGGUGUAGCGAAAUGCUUGUGUUCCUAGCUCCAACAGUGUAGUAGUAUCUAACAAUUCACAACAAUACACACAUCUAAAAGUAAAAUAAUGGAAUUAAGAAAUAUAUACAGUGCCUUCGGAAAGUAUUCAGAUGCCUUGACUUUUUCCACAUUUUGUUAUGUUACAGCCUUAUUCUAAAAUUGAUUAAAUUGUUUUUUUCCCCCCUCAUCAAUCUACACACAAUACCCCAUAAUGACAAAGCAAAACAUAGGUUUUUAGAAAUUUCUGCAAAUUAAUUACAAAUAAAAACCCCCGGAAAUAUCUAUUUCUAUAAGUAUUCAGACCCUGUACUUUGUUGAAGCACCUUUAGCAGCGAUUACAGCCUCGAGUCUUCCUGGGUAUGACGCUACAAGCUUGGCACACCUGUAUUUGGGGAGUUUUUCCCAUUCAAGCUCUGUCAGGUUGGAUGGAGAGUGUUGCUGCACAGCUAUUUUCAGGUCUCUCCAGAGAUGUUCGAUCGGGUUCAAGUCCGGGCUCUGGCUGGGCCACUCUAGGACAUUCAGAGACUUGUCCCGAAGCCACUCCUGCUUUGUCUUGGCAGUGUGCUUAGGGUCGUUGUCCUGUUGGAAGGUGAACCUUCACCCCAGUCUGAGGUCCUGAGCAGGUUUUCAUCAAGGUUCUCUCUGUACUUUGCUCCGUUCAUCUUUGCGUCGAUCCUGACUAGUCUCCCAGUCCCUGCCAAUGAAAAACAUCCCCACAGCAUGAUGCCGCCACCACCAUGCUUCACCGUAGGGAUGCUGCCAGGUUUCCUCCAGAUGUGAUGCUUGGCAUUCAGGCCAAAGAGUUCAAUAUUGGUUUCAUCAGUACACUCCUGAGUGGCGCAGUGGUCUAAGGCACUGCAUCGCAGUGCUAACUGUGCCACUAGAGAUCCUGGUUCGAAUCCAGGCUCUGUCGCAGCCGGCCGCGACCGGGAGACUCAUGGGCGGCGCACAAUUGGCCCAGCGUUGGCCCCCAGGUAGGAGAGGGAAUGGCCGGCAGGGAUGUAGCUCAGUUGAUAGAGCAUGGCGUUUGCAACGCCAGGGUUGUGGGUUCGAUUCCCACGGGGGGCCAGUAUAAAAAAAAUUAUUAAAAAAAAUAUGUAUUCACUAACUGUAAGUCGCUCUGGAUAAGAGCGUCUGCUAAAUGACUAAAAUGUAAAUGUAAUCAGACCAGAUAAUCUUGUUUCUCAUGAUCUGAGAGUUUUUUAGGUGCCUUGUGGCAACUCCAAGCGGGCUGUCAUGUGCCUUUUACUGAGGACUGGCUUCCGUCUGGUCACUCUACCAUAAAGGCCUGAUUGGUGGAGUGCUGCAGAGAUGGUUGUCCUUCUGGAAGUUUCUCCCAUCUCCAGAGAGGAACUCUAAAGAUCUGUCAGAGUGACCAUCGGGUUCUUGGUCACCUCCCUGAUCAAAGCCCUUCUCCCCCGAUUGCUCAGUUUGGCAGGGCGGCCAGCUCUAGGAAGAGCGUUGGUGGUUCCAAACUUCUUCCAUUUAAAAAUGAUGGAGGCCACUGUUUUCUUGGGGACCUUCAAUGCUGCAGAAAUCUGUGCCUCGACACAAUCCUGUCUCGGCGCUCUACGGACAAUUCCUUCAACCUCAUGGCUUGGUUUUUGCUCUGACAUGCACUGUCAACUGUGGGACCUUAUAUAGACAGGUGUGUGCCUUUCCAAAUCAUGUCCAAUCAAUUGAAUUUACCACAGGUGGACUCCAAUCAAGUUGUAGAAACAUCUCAAGGAUGAUCAAUGGAAACAUUUGCUAAAAUGUCUAAAAACCUGUUUUCUCUUUGUCAUUAUGGGGUAUUGUGUGUCGAUUGCUGAGGAAAAUGUUUUAUUUAGUCAAUUUUAGAAUAAGGCUGUAACGUAACAAAAUGUGAAUACUUUCCGAAGGCACUGUAAAUAUUAGGACGAGCAAAGGUCAGCCUCGAAACCUUAAUGACUUGGAGAAGAUCUGCAAAGAGGAGUGGGACAAAAUCCCUCCUGAGAUGUGUGCAAACCUGGUGGCCAACUACAAGAAACGUCUGACCUCUGUGAUUUCCAACAAGGGUUUUGCCACCAAGUACUAAGUCAUGUUUUGCAGAGGGUCAAAUACUUAUUUCCCUCAUUAAAAUGCAAAUCAAUUCAUAACAUUUUUGACAUGUGUUUUUGUGGAUUUUUUUGAGAUGAGUAAAGCAGUAUGUAAACAUUAUUAAAGUGACUAUUGUUCCAUUAUUAAAGUGGCCAGUGAUUCUAUGUAUAUAGGACAGCAGCCUCUAAGGUGCAGGUUUGAGUAACUGAGUGGUAGCCGGCUAGUGAUGGCUAUUUAACAGUCUGAUGGCCUUGAGAUAGAAGCUGUUUUUCAGUCUCUUGGUCCCAGCUUUGAUGCACCUGUACUGACCUUGCCUUCUGGAUGAUAGUGGGGUGAACAGGCCGUGGCUCGGGUGGUUGAUGUCCUUGAUGAUCUUUUUGGCCUUCCUGUGACAUCUGGUGCUGUAGGUGUCCUGGAGGGCAGGCAGUGUGCCCCCGGUGAUGCGUUGGGCAGACCUCAUCACCCUCUGGAGAGCCCUGCGGAUGCGGGCGGUGCAGUUGCCAUACCAGGCAGUGAUACAGCCUGACAGGAUGCUCUCAAUUCUGCAUCUGUAAAAGUUUGUGAGGGUCUUAGGGGCCAAGACACAUUUCUUUAGCCUCCUGAGGUUGAAGAGGCGCUGUUGCGCCUUCACCACACUGUCUGUGUGGGUGUACCAUUUCAGAUUGUCAGUGAUGUGUACGCUGAGGAACUUGAAGCUUUUCACCUAUAGAAAUGAGAAAAUAUCUUAAAGAUAUGAUAAUGAAAAGUUCACAUAAGUAACAUGUAAAUUAGUUAGUGUUUUUACUGAUAAUUUGGUAACAGAAUGACCAAAAAAUCAGGAACAGAAUGACUGAAUUGGCUACAAUGGGAAUUCAUAGUAAUCACAAACCACGUUUUGUUCCACUGUAUGUAUCAUAACAUAUAUAACUGUUUUCUUUCUCUUUCUGUCAUGUGUGGACAAUCCCCCCCUCUCUCCCUGUCUCUCUCUUAUCUUUCUCCAGUUAAUGUCACCUCUCCCGGCUCUUACUGACACCUACCCAUGAGCCCACCCCUUUUAAAAAUGUAACCAGCCAUCUCACCCACUGAGCACCGACUGACAAAGGAAAAGUUGUUGAAAUUUUGUCCGUCCAAAUCUGAACCAAUCAAAGACAUCUGUUUCACAAGUUUGGACAGCACAGUACUGUACUUUACUGUACUGAAAUGUAAUGUGCUGUACUGUGAUCUGUGAUACUGUGAGACAUAUUUUCAAUCUUAAUUUGGAGUAGAUAUGUAAAAGGUUUUGGAAAACAUGGUCACAUUAAAAACUGAGGGAGAUUUGACCGUCAUUCUGUUACCAAACUUUACAUCUGCACUGUUUUUUCGAGUAAAUGUGUUUUUGUAAAAUUAUCACUGGAAAUUGAUAAAAGUAGUCCUUGUGCAUACAGUUGUAUGGUUUAACUUUGCAAUCAAUGGUUUUUGUUUGGCAUACUUCUGAGUCUCAGUGUCAUUCUGUUACCGUGGAGUUGCCCAGAACAAUAUCAUUGUAUUUGUAUGAUUAAAUUCAGACUCUCACUAGUUAAUAGUUGAAUUACUGUUUGUCUUUGUAUUUUGGCUUUUGGCCAGAUGAGACUGAACGUUAUAGUACUUCCUGUAUGUAUGUUUGAGUUGGCAUGCCAUGCAUACUGGUACUUAAAGUAUGUAUGUGGUCUGUUUGUGCUUUUGCCUACUCCAUUGUCAUUGUCAAGCCAAACAUAGCAUGACAAUUCCAUAAGGAGUUGGAAAGAGAGCAGAAAGAGCAAAAAAAAGCCAGUAUAGUCUGCCCUCUAUUUCUAAUAGCAAGCUCUUUUUUGGCAUUCAUCAUGUUUAUUGUGGGUUAGAUUCCUGCACAGUUAAUGCAUGUGUUAACUGUGUAAGGCCGGAAUACAAGUGAUUGUUAAUCAGCCUCAAAUCGCAUAAUGUUCCCUGCGAAUGUGUAUUUGGUGGUUUGACUUCUCAGCAACAUUUUUCAUUGGAUAUUGAUGCAAAACCAUACCUAACAGUUGGUAGCACUUCUUCUCAAAAUGAACGACACGGUUUUGUAGUAUUCCACCUAACUGUCUUAAACUCACUAUAUCAUAAAUUAGAUUUUUGGUAAUGCGUAAACAAAUAAUAUUUUCGAAAUGCUAUGAAAAUUCUAAACUUUUAUUUAGAAUUAUCAAGGGAUUGCAUGUGUUAAAUAUCUGCCUUCCAGCCUAACCCAGCCUGUUUCCUCACUGUCCUGUAUGUCUGUCCCGCAGCAUAACCCAGCCUGUCUCACUGUCCAUGUCUCACACAGCCUAAGCCAGGGCUGUCCCCUUUGGCCUCGUCCCCUGGCUCUGGGGAGGCGUCCUGCCACGUCUCCAUGUCGUCGCCCCCAGCCUCCCAGUCCCAGUCGCGGGUGAAGUAUGUGUCCCUGGGUGUGCUGGUGCUGCAGACCACCUCGUUGGUGCUCACUAUGAGGUACUCGCGCACGCUGCAGGGCGAGGGGCCCCGCUACCUAGCCUCCUCAGCCGUGGUUUCGGCCGAGAUGCUCAAGAUCCUCACCUGCCUGCUGCUCGUCUUCUACGACCACAGUGAGUAUAGUGAUCGAUCUGGCUGUCCGUCUGGCUGUCCGUGUGCCCGGCUUUCUGUCUGUCUGUAACACAGUGAAUGGAUGAACAAUGACAACAAAGAAAAUAUUACUACAGUCUCUUUGUCUAUCUAUCUUGUUCUUAGGAUUCAGUGUGUGAGUGUUAAAUCUUUGUUUCUCUUUCUGUCAGGCUUCAGUGUUCGGGCGUUGAAUCGUGUGCUGAAUGAAGAGAUUCUUAAUAAGCCCAUGGAGACGUUGAAGCUGGCCAUCCCAUCAGGCAUCUACACACUCCAGAACAACCUGCUUUAUGUCGCCCUGUCCAACCUGGAUGCUGCUACCUACCAGGUGAGAGACGUGACGUGUGCGCUUGUAUGUGGCAACAUGUAUAAGGGGAACAAAAGUGGACCAAGAAUGGAGCCCUGAGGGACUCCACACUCCAUUUCAUGUCCAGUUUUUGACUGGCAGGAGUUUAAAUCGAUAUUGUCCCCAACCAGGUGACGUACCAGCUGAAGAUCCUGACCACAGCACUGUUUUCAGUGUCCAUGCUGGGGAAGAGACUGGGGUUCUACCAGUGGCUCUCCCUGCUCAUCCUCAUGACUGGUAUCGCUCUCGUACAGGUGACAAGACUAAACACACCCCACAAGUCAAUAACUUCUCAUUCAUACCAAAUCUAUGAAAGUUGGUUGGUUUUAGGUCUGUUUGGAUGUGUUUUUGUCUCUGAUUAGUCAUGGACUUUUGUGUAUCCACAUUAGGGAGGUAGAAGUCUAAAGUUCACAUUUUUUUCAGAAUCAUUUGCAUAAUUCAGUGGUAACAUGAUCUCCAUGAAAAGUUUAUAGAAUUUUGCAACCUUACUCCACAUGCACAUCCUUGUUUGUGGGUGUUACAUACUGAAUGUUGUUGAUGUACUGUGUGUUUGUCUCUGCAGUGGCCUACAGAGUCUAUGGGUGGGCCAUCUCAGAGGCCUCUGUCUGCAGGCUCCCAGUUAGUAGGUGUGAUAGCCGUACUGAUAGCCUGCUUCUCCAGUGGUUUCGCUGGAGUCUACUUUGAGAAGAUCCUCAAAGAAACCAAACAGAGUGUGUGGGUCCGCAACAUCCAGUUAGGUCAGCAUCACUGGAAUCUGUGUAUGUGUGUAUGUGUAUCCUUGAGUGUGUCUCUUUGUGUAUGCAUGUUUGUUUCAUUGAUAAAUUCUACAUAAACUGUACUUCACACUGUCUUUCUGGCUCUUGGUAUGUGUAAAUAUUUUUCCACUUUCUCUAUAAAGAACACACCAUUAUAUUUAAUGGUCUCCAUGUAAUCAAGUGAGUUUUAUAGCUCCUCAGAAAUGUAAAAAAUGAAAUAAUUUACUUCAUUUAAACCCAAUGUAUUCACACAACAGUAUAGCAACUUUAGGUUGGAGGCACCAUCCCAUAGCCCUUGUAAUUUAAAUCAUGUAGCUAUUAACAGUAGAUAUUGUCACUAAGUCUUAGGCAAUGUUCUGGUGCCAAAAUGCUGGUCUUAGCUCAUUAAACCAUAAACUAUACAAGCAUGUAAUUAUAAACCAUGGCAAACAAUGGAAUGCUUAACAAUUAUUUUAAAGAAUCCUCCCUCAAAACCUCACCCAUUUCUCUCUCUUUCUCUCUCUCUCUCUCUCUCUCUCUCUCUCUCUCUCUCAUUUUCUCUCUCUAUCACGUAUUGACACUCUCACACACACACACUCACACACGUACAUACACACACACAAUUACACAUGCACACACACAAUCACCAUAUACGUUGCUGCUACUAUUUAUCAUAUGUAUCCUGCUGCUCAGUCACUUCUCCCUCUGAUUACAUCUACAUACUGUAACUACCUCAAGUAUCACCAGUAUCCCUGCACAUUGAUAUUGGUACUGGUAUUGACCUUGUGUGUAUAUACACUGCUCAAAAAAAUAAAGGGAACACUUAAACAACACAAUGUAACUCCAAGUCAAUCACACUUCUGUGAAAUCAAACUGUCCACUUAGAAAGCAACACUGAUUGACAAUACAUUUCACAUGCUGUUGUGCAAAUGGAAUAGACAACAGGUGGAAAUUAUAGGCAAUUAGCAAGAUACCCCCAAUAAAGAAGUGGUUCUGCAGGUGGUGACCACAGACCACUUCUCAGUUCCUAUGCUUCCUGGCUGAUGUUUUGGUCACUUUUGAAUGCUUUCACUCUAGUGGUAGCAUGAGACGGAGUCUACAACCCACACAAGUGUAUGUCAGCGUAGUGUCCAGAGCAUGGAGGCGCUACCAGGAGACAGGCCAGUACAUCAGGAGACGUGGAGGAGGCCGUAGGAGGGCAACAACCCAGCAGCAGGACCGCUACCUCCGCCUUUGUGCAAGGAGGAGCAGGAGGAGCACUGCCAGAGCCCUGCAAAAUGACCUCCAGCAGGCCACAAAUGUGCAUGUGUCUGCUCAAACGGUCAGAAACAGACUCCAUGAGGGUGGUAUGAGGGCCCGACGUCCACAGGUGGGGGUUGUGCUUACAGCCCAACACCGUGCAGGACGUUUGGCAUUUGCCAGAGAACACCAAGAUUGGCAAAUUCGCCACUGGCGCCCUGUGUUCUUCACAGAUGAAAGUAGGUUCACACUGAGCACGUGACAGAUGUGACAGAGUCUGGAGACGCCGUGGAGAACGUUCUGCUGCCUGCAACAUCCUCCAGCAUGACCGGUUUGGCGGUGGGUCAGUCAUGGUGUGGGGUGGCAUUUCUUUGGGGGGCCGCACAGCCCUCCAUGUGCUCGCCAGAGGUAGCCUGACUGCCAUUAGGUACCGAGAUGAGAUCCUCAGACCCCUUGUGAGACCAUAUGCUGGUGCGGUUGGCCCUGGGUUCCUCCUAAUGCAAGACAAUGCAAGACUCCUAAUGCACCUCAUGUGGCUGGAGUGUGUCAGCAGUUCCUGCAAGAGGAAGGCAUUGAUGCUAUGGACUGGCCCGCCCGUUCCCCAGUCCUGAAUCCAAUUGAGCACAUCUGGGACAUCAUGUCUCGCUCCAUCCACCAACGCCACGUUGCACCACAGACUGUCCAGGAGUUGGUGGAUGCUUUAGUCCAGGUCUGGGAGGAGAUCCCUCAGGAGACCAUCCGCCACCUCAUCAGGAGCAUGCCCAGGCGUUGUAGGGAGGUCAUACAGGCACGUGGAGGCCACACACACUACUGAGCCUCAUUUUGACUUGUUUUAAGGACAUUACAUCAAAGUUGGAUCAGCCUGUAGUGUGGUUUUCCACUUUAAUUUUGAGGGUGACUCCAAAUCCAGACCUCCAUGGGGUUGAUAAAUUUGAUUUCCAUUGAUAAUUCUUGUGUGAUUUUGUUGUCAGCACAUUCAACUAUGUAAAGAAAAAAGUAUUUAAUAAGAUUAUUUCAUUCAUUCAGAUCUAGGAUGUGUUGUUUAACUGUUCCCUUAAUUUUUUUGAGCAGUGUAUAUAUAUAUUUUUUGUGUGUGUUUAUUUUACCUGACUUAGUAUUAUUGAUUCCAUGCUCUUUUAAAGACACUUUUCUAUAUCUUUUUUUUAAAUAUUGAAUACUGCAUUGUUGAGGAAGAGCUUGCAAGUUAGCAUUUCACUACACUGUUUACACCUGCUGUAUCCUGUGCAUGUAACAAAUAAACUUUGAUUUGAUCUCUUUCCCUCUCCUAGGUUUGUUUGGCCUGGUGUUUGGUCUAAUUGGAGUGUUUGUGUACGACGGAGAGAGAGUGAAGGAGUCCGGAAUGUUCCAAGGUUACAACUCAAUCACCUGGACCGUUGUAGCCCUGCAGGUAGUGUACAUAUGCUUAAGUUAUCGUUUCAAAAAGCGUAUACAUUUUAUUAUAACAUAGGCCAGGGGUCGGCAACCUUUUUUGUGUGGAGUGACAAUUUACAAUUUAUCCUACCAUUUCUAAUGAUCUGUGUGCCAGUUAUGAUUUUCAUAUGUGCAUUACAACUAAUUGUGUCUAUUGAAUAUCUAAUUGCCCGAAAAACAGGAAGAAUUCCAUCAAACUCGCUAAACAGAGGCGCUGUCCAUUAGCACCACGGACUUGACCUUGGAACAUAGAUUCUCCUGGUGAAUGAUACAGUGACAUUUAACCACGAGGUGGCCAAUCUUGUCUUCAUGCAGCUUUUGCGAAUCCUUUAUGUUUCCCCACCAUAGCGGGGGCACCGUCAGUUGUAGCAGUUUUUAAUAUCGACACCUCUCUCCUCAAAAUGAUCUGUGAAGGCUUUUGCUACAUCUUCCCCUUUAGUAGUACCAUGCGAGGGUUUUAGACAAAGCAGCUCCUCACGUACCUGCUCUGAGUCACAGUAUCUUGCAACAACUGCCAGAUGUGGAAUGUCAUUCACAUCCACACUCUCAUCAAGAGCCACACUAAACAUAGGUGCAUCUUGAAUCUUUUAUUUUUUACCCCUUUUUCGAUCUUGUCUCAUCGCUGCAACUCCCCAACGGGCUCAGGAGGCAAAGGUCGAGUCAUGUGUCCUCCGAAACAUGACCCACCAAACUGCACUUCUUAACACCCGCCCGCUUAACCCGGAAGCCAGCCGCACCAAUGUGUCGGAGGAAACACUGUUCAACUGACGACGAGGUCAGCCUGCAGGCGCCCGGCCCGCCACAAGGAGUUGCAAGAGAGCGAUGAGCCCCAGAUCGAGGGAGAUUAUCAGUGGUCUUGUAUGUCUUCCAUUUCCUAAUAAUUGCUCCCACAGUUGAUUUCUUCAAACCAAGCUGCUUACCUAUUGCAGAUUCAGUCUUCCCAGCCUGGUGCAGGUCUACAAUUUUGUUUCUGGUGUCCUUUGACAGCUCUUUGGUCUUGGCCAUAGUGGAGUUUGGAGUGUGACUGUUUGAGGUUGUGGACAGGUGUCUUUUAUACUGAUAACAAGUUCAAACAGGUGCCAUUAAUACAGGUAACGAGUGGAGGACAGAGGAGCCUCUUAAAGAGAAGUUACAGGUCUGUGAGAGCCAGAAAUCUUGCUUGUUUGUAGGUGACCAAAUACUUAUUUUCCACCAUAAUUUGCAAAUAAUAAUAAUUACAGGCCUCUCUCAUCUUCCAAAUGGACAAGCAUACUUCCAAAGUUGUGGCAAAAUGGCUUAAGGACAACAAAGUCAAGGUAUUGACUAUAGAAAAUGUGUGGGCAGAACUGAAAAAGUGUGUGCGAGCAAAGAGGCCUACAAACCUGACUCAGUUACACCAGCUCUGUCAGGAGGAAUGGACCAAAAUUCACCCAACUUAUUGUGGGAAGCUUGUGGAAGGCUACCCGAAACGUUUGACCCAAGUUAAACAAUUUAAAGGCAAUGCUACCAAAUACUAAUUGAGUGUAUGUAAACUUCUGACCUACUGGGAAUGUGAUGAAAGAAAUAAAAGCUGAAAUAAAUCAUUCUCCCUACUAUUAUUCUGACAUUUCACAUUCUAAAAAUAAAGUGGUGAUCCUAACUGAGCUAAAACAGGGAAUUUUUACUAGGAUGAAAUGUCAGGAAUUGUGAAAAACUGAGUUUAAAUGUAUUUGGCUAAGGUGUAUGUAAACUUCCCACUUCAACUGUAUUCUGACUAUUCACUUUAGGUGUGUGUGCACAGUUGUGUAUGAGAGAGAAAGAAAAUUAAAUAAGAGAGAGGCAAAGUAAGUGAAUGUUUGUUCAUGCUUGAACGCCUAUGUAAAUGUGUGCAUUUAUGUGUGACUGGUUGUGUGUAUUCUGUCUUCCAUCAAAUCCAUGUCCUCUGUGUGUUCUUUGUGUUUCCAGGCUCUGGGUGGGUUGGUCAUAGCAGCAGUCAUUAAGUAUGCAGACAACAUCCUGAAGGGCUUUGCCACGUCACUCUCCAUCAUCCUGUCAACACUCAUAUCCUACUUCUGGUUGAAGGACUUCGACUCAACCAGGUACACACACACACACUUUGAUAAAUAAUUUGGCCAGGUCGGUCUUGGACAAAAGGUUCACGUCUCCACAGAGAGAUAAGUAUAUAAAACGAUACAAAGCAUCAAGGGCGUUUUCACAUAUAAAUGACCUGUAUUAUCUAGAUCCUGGAGCAUUUGGUACCCUGAUCCGUGCUAUAAAGCAUAUGUGAAACACAAAAGAGAAGCCUGCCCCAAACCAAUCUUGGUCCCUUCCCUGCCCAUCCAAUAUCCAGGACCAGAGUACAAGCAGUUGUUCAAGUCAUCUGCACCAGGGAGCUGAAUUCAUAUGUGAAAACGCCCUGAUUAUACAUUUCUGCCUACAGCUCUAACAACGUCCUCUUUCUCUCUCUCCCAGUGUGUUCUUCCUGGGAGCAGUGCUGGUCAUUGCUGCCACCUUCCUUUACAGCUACGAGGGCAAGAGGCCUGCCAUCAACCGUAGCAAAGUAUAGAGGGAGAUCCAUCACCCACAGCCUUGGAACUCCAAAGAAGAGACACACAGGGCAAGAUGGAUGGAGGAAUAUGUUGCUGAGAAGUGGUGCUGAGCAAUUAACCAAAAUGUCGGUUAUUUUUCCAUUUUAAAACAACUAAUUGACUGACCUUAGAUCAAUUAUUUGAAUUCCAUUUCACUGCAGUUUCUCUAGAGAUAAAUCAGAUCAUGC